AAAAUGUAAUAAUGUAAAUGGUUUAAUUGUCUUCUUUUCAUUGAAAAAUCACUAAAUUAAAAUAUUUUUAAUUGCGUAAAAAAACUAUUGAAGAACAAAACAUCACUACCCAAUAAAAAUGGAUUUUAAGUGUUCUGUAAAUUUAUCAAACUCAUUAUUACAAAUUAGGCCACACAUAGUUUUGGCCAAUAUAAGAAAGGCCAAUUUUAUUUCUUUUGCUUUUAGAUGGUAAUAAGAAAGACCGUUUAACAUUAAUCAAAAGUAGACUGUGGGAACAAGUUGAUGAUAGAAACAAUAAAGAUAGGCUGGGAAAGAAAAAAACAAACAUUAUGCAACUUUAAUCAAGUAUAGAUUAGUCAAAAGAAAGACCGAGUAUAGAUUAACCAAAAGGUAUUAGCUAGUGGAUUGAAUAUAUGCAACUUUAUUUCGUGUUAAAGAGAACGUGAAGAAAAAAUCAAACACAUGAUGAACGAAGCUAAAAUCAGAAUGAACGACAACAACGAAGGAAACAAAGAAGCGAUCGGAUCUGGUUUACUUCGUGACUGGUCAGAGUUGAAUAAGGAAUGUCUCAUCGACAUAGUUUCGCGGCUAAGCAUGGAAGAACGUUGGAGAGGACCAAUGCUCGUAUGCAAGCCUUGGAUGUACGCUUGCGACGACCCGUCUCUCAACUCGGUAUUUGAUCUAGAUACUUGGUUCGAGGGGUCUCGGAUUUCGAAUCUUUGGUUUAGUUACGAGUUUGAGCAGAAGGUUGACUCCUUUCUCCGGUGUGUUGUGGAUCGAAGCCAAGGUGGUCUCAAGGAGAUCCGCGUUAGGCACUGUUCGGAUCAAUCUUUGUUGUACGCUGCUGAGAGGUAUAUGUGCUAUCACUAUUUGUAGCAGGCCUCUGGGUUUGGUUAUUUCGGUUUAAUAUGUUUGGAAAUGUCAAUUUCAGUUAGUUUGGUUCGUCCAAAAUCUUACUGAACUGAACUUCAAAUUUCAGUUCGGUUAGUUCAAUUUCUAAAAUUCUGCCGAAUUUAAUCGAAGUCUUUUGGUUUUUAUGAGAUUUUGGUUUAAGCUGGUAAAAAACUAAACAUUCAGAUAAUUUCGGUUAAAUUUGGUUAGUUUGAUUCAAAAUAUUGGUUAAUUCGGUUAGCUUGGUUUGAAUUCUUUUAUAAACUAAACUAACCCACUACCAAAGAAAACCGCUAAUCGAUUAUUUUUAUAAAAAAAAAAGCUUAUCAAAUUGAAUCAAACUCAUAACCAUAUUUGAUCUGAAAAUAAAAAUUUUCGGUUCAUUUGGUUGGCUGGUUUUGUUCGGAUCAAAAUCUUAGACCAAAUGUGUAGCAUUAACCUUUCAUAAAAAUAAUUUAGGUUGAUAUAUUUAAAUAAAAUUGAACUUAAUUUUUGAGUUUACAUGUAGCAUGUUUUUCAUUUGCAGAUGCCCUAGUUUGGAGGUUUUAUGUCUUAAAAGCUGCUUAAGUGUCACAGAUGCAUCGAUAUCAAAGAUAGCUACGAGCUGCCCUAAUUUGGAGAGACCAUAAACUUUUUCCUUUAGCAUUAACUUUUUUUUAACGUCUGAUGAUUAAUUAUGCUAUUACCACGAUGAAUAAUUUUAGUGUUGCUUUGGAGACAGGAAUUUCAUUUGACCAAAAAAAAACUUUGGAGACAGAAAGAAACAACAUCCGUUUUGGUCCUCAAAUGUUAAUAUGUAUGAAUCAUCCAACUCUUAUGAUCGACUUUGCUAUAAACAUAUCCAUAUUUAAUCAGACGAGAAUAUGGGCGGCAACUGGUUUUUGCAUUCAGGUUUUACGUAAAUAACAUCUUUUGCGAAAAUGUGAAUUUCAUAUAUGAAUAUGACACUUGUUUGGAACAAUUACAAAAGGGAUAAUCGAACUAGAGUCUACCUUUGUCCAAAAAGGAUUAAGAACAAGGUAAAGUCUAGGUGAGCUUGAUAAUCAAGCAAUAACUUGGACCAAUUCAGAUUAGUCUAGCUAAUCUAAUUUGAUGCAAGACAAGAUGAAGAUGAGCAAAAAGCCAGAUUACAAAAAAAAAGAUGAAGAUAUGCAAAAUAGCAUGUUGGAUGGUCAUUUACUGUUUGUACUUAUACCGAUUUUACCACUAGCUCAUUCUCUAUCUGAAUUAGAGAACUUCUAUGGUCAUUUACUGUUUGUACUUUAUAAAUAAGGUCUCUAAAGACUCAAGGGGUGCAAUUUGACUUUUGGUAAAACAAAAUAGUUGAGAGAGAGUAAUUAUAAUCUAACUUAAGAUCAGAGUUAAUCGUUUAGAUAGUUUAUUUUCUUAAUUAGCUUCCACACGGUCAGUUCAUUGUUUACAAUUUUACCAAUUUUUGUAACAAAUCAUGUUCGGUGGAUCCAGUUAGCCUGUCUACGCACUCAAGAGCUAAAGUCAGUCGCAUCUACAUAGAAAUUAGAACUAAUAGUAAAUAAUUUAUGAUGAAAUAGUACCGUCCAAAAAGUUGACUUUAUUUUUUCAAGUUCCAUAUACCAAGUUGAAAUAUUAAAUUGGGCUGGCUAAGAUUAGGAUGUAAUACAUUAGCAAUAGUUAAUUGACUUAAAUGUUCAAGAUGUAUAGCACUAUAGCUUUGGUUAUGCUCUCCAGGCUGGUUGCUUCUCACAUUAGCCACACUAAUCUCACCUUUUUUUCUUUAAGAAAAUUAAAGUAAAUUUAAGGACUGAAAAGAUAGCAAGGAAUCAAAACCCCAUUAUAUAAAUACCCACCAAUCAAUACUCGUCUGAGUGUCUCAAAUUCAAAUCAACACUUAACACCACCUAAACCCUUCAAGAAAGAGAUACAUCCCGAAAGUGGGAACCAAAAUGGCUUCUCAGGCACUUUUGGUUAUGUCAUUAAUUAUUAUUCUUGGUUUAAACAUAUUUCUUGUGGCACACGCUAACUAUCUCAACCAAGACAUUGACAUAACAUGGGGUGAUGGUCGUGGAAAGUUUUUGAACAAUGAUACUCUUUUGAAUCUCACUCUUGAUCAAUCUUCGGGAUCAGGGUUUCAAUCGAAAGCCGAGUAUUUGUACGGAAAAGUCGACAUGCAGAUCAAGCUUGUUCCGGGAAAUUCCGCCGGGACCGUGACCACCUUCUACUUGAAGUCUCAAGGAUUAACAUGGGACGAGAUAGAUUUCGAGUUCUUGGGGAAUGUUAGUGGAGAUCCUUACAUACUUCACACUAACGUUUACACUCAAGGCAAAGGUGAUAGAGAGCAGCAGUUUUACCUUUGGUUCGAUCCCACAGCUGAGUUCCACAACUAUUCUAUUCUUUGGAAUCCGAGUCACAUAGUGUUCUACGUUGAUGGGAAACCAAUUAGAGAAUUCAAGAAUUUGGAUGCAAUGGGUGUGGCUUAUCCAAAGAGCCAACCCAUGAGAAUGUACGGUAGUUUAUGGAACGCAGAUGAUUGGGCCACAAGGGGAGGACUGGUCAAGACAAACUGGUCAGAAGGACCAUUCGUAGCCUCUUUCAUGAACUACAACUCUGAGAAUGCUUGUAUCUGGUCCAUUGAUAAUGGAACCACGACUAAUACACCUUGUAGUCCCAGUGGCUCGUCUUCUUCUUCUUCCACCAGUACUAGCGAGUGGUUUUCGCAGAGAGGGAUGGAUUCUUCGAGCCGGAAAGUUCUCAAAUGGGUUCAGAAGAAGUUCAUGGUUUACAAUUACUGUAAGGAUAAGAAACGGUUCUGGCAGGGUUUGCCUGUUGAGUGUGGUGCCAAGAAAAAUAACAAGAACAAGAAUAAGAACAAAAACAUAAAGUCUUGAAAUUCUUCUCAGUUUUUUAAAAAUGAUUUAAUGAGUUUGAGGUGUUGGUUGCUGUUAUGAUCAUUUGUUGUGUUCAUGUUGUGUGGUAAAUGAUGGAAUGAGAACUUCUUUGAUGA